AUGGCUUCAAAAAUUGACAGUUUUCUUGUUACAUUUGCUCUGGUGGCUGCCACAUUGAAUGCAGAAGAUGGGUGUACUCUAUACGAGGUUGCAGCGAAAAAUUUAGAAGAGAGAGAGAUAUUUAGUGAACUGGUCAAUAAGCUAAAUUUAGAUGUGUGGUCUCCUGCAAUGCCUGAACGUUCAGGACGAGUAUUGGUACUUAAAGAUCAAAGAGCGACAUUUGAAAAUGAGUUCACUGCGGCUGGAAUACAAUACAAAGUUGUAGUGGAAAGAAUGGAAGAACUAAUCGAACUGGAGCGGAGAAAGUUAUCUUUAGCUGCCAAGAUAACAACUACAAGCAAUAGAAUUAUUCCAAUUGAUAGGAUGCAUUCAUAUGAUGAGGUCAACGAUAUUCUGGAUAAUUUAGCAAAGGACUACGAAUCCGUAGAUGUGUUUAGUCAAGGAACCACUUUGGAAGGUAGACCAAUUAAAUAUAUUAGAAUAUCGUCGACGAAGUUCAUGGACCAUGAGAAACCAGUAGUUUUUAUUCAAGCUCUAAUUCAAGCCCGAGAAUGGGUCUCGUUACCAGUUGCAUUGCAUGCCAUUAGCAAAUUAGUUAUGGAUGUCUGUGAUGAAGAUCAAGACCUUCUUGAUGAUAUUGACUGGAUCAUACUACCAAUAGCCAAUCCGGAUGGAUACGAAUACAGUAGGACUGUAUCAAGACUGUGGACUAAAAAUCGACGUGUCAAUGACCAUGAAUGUGUCGGUGUUAACAUCAAUCGUAAUUUUAAUAUACGACAUUCGGGACCAGGAUCCAGUAAUAAUCCCUGUUCAGAUAAUUACCAUGGAAGUGAAGCAGAAUCCGAGAUAGAAACACGAGCAAUACGUGAUAUAUUAACAUUACAUCAAGGGCGUAUAAAAUUGUUCUUAAAUUUACAAAGUUUUGGUAGUCAUGUUUUAUUUGGAUACGGCAAUGUUAGUUUGCCGCCUAAUGGAUUAAUAUUACACUUCCUUGCUGUUCAAAUGGCUGCAUCCAUACAAAAUUAUAAAGAUAGAAAUUACACCGUUGGAAACAUCGGUUCAAUAUUAGGAGAACAACCUGGCAUCGCAACAGACUUUGCAACAGAAGAACGAUAUGUAGGUUACUCUUACACAAUUAAUAUAGCAAGUUACGGAAAUGACGGUAAUAUAGAUAACAAUAAUGGACAUCUAGUCGAGGAUCUGUAUCUUGAGGAGGCUGCCGAGGAGGUAUGGGAAGCCAUUAAAUACAGUGCUAGGUUUGUACGCGACAAUGAUUUUAAUAUUUAA